GUGAUGCCCGGGCGCUAUAAAUAGCCCCCCCGCAGCCCGGCCGCCGAGCGUCCGCGGGGAGGCCGGCGUGCCCCGCGCACUGAGUCUCGGCCGCCGCGCCCCGGCCCUGCCCAGCCCCGCGCGAAUGGAGGCGGCGGCAGGACGCUUGCCCGCGGAUGCUGCCUGCCGCUGACUAGCCUGGGAUUUAUGGAGAGGCCCUUGGGGGGCAGUCCUGAGUACUGCCGCGCCCAGCAUCCGCGCCGCACCCGCUGCUGAGGCCCCCGCGCCUCCGGCCUCACCAUUGCCCUCGCCCGCCCAUGGCCCCCGCCGCCUGGCCCGGGGCUGGCUCUGCGGCCUGAGCCCACCGCCCCCCUCCAGGACUCGCUGUACCCCAAUGGGGUAACGUGACGGAGGCCCCGCGUCACCGCCGCCCGCUGUCCCCCUGCGGCCGCUGCCUGCCACCCCCACCCCACGGCGGCCCCAUUGGUUCAGUUUCAAGUUUGUUCUUCCUCUAAUCCUUGGGGGUCUGUGGUCUUGGAGCAGAGGUGGCCCUCUAGCCGUCCACCAAUGCCGAGGGGGUGUCCCCGGCGACAGGCACAGUGCCGGCCACGGCUUCGGCAGCCCGAUUCACUUUGGGCUUUUUAAAGUUUUCUUUGCUGAGUUUUUUUGGUGGUGGUUGUUUUUACUUUUGCACCCUAGUAAUUCUCCAGCUCUGAGAGGCCGGAGCUUGGACUUGGCCCGCUUUACUUCUGGGGGCACUCUUUUGUUCUUUUUGUCUUGUAAAGGGUUGGGUUUUCUUUUUUUUAAUCAUCCACCCGUGAUCCGGGCAGCAUCCUCCCCCCACCCAAGUAUUUGCACAAUAUUUGUGCGGGGUCUGGGGGGGCAGGAUUUUUUUUUUUUUUAAAGCAUUUCUCUCUCUCGGACAAGCGCAGGGAUCUCGUGCUCCUUGGGUUCUGGGGGGUGGUGGGCCUUUCUUGCGUUCACGUCCCCAGCCCCGUCUGCGGGCAGCAGCCAUGGCGCGGAUGAACCGGCCGGCCCCUGUGGAGGUCAGCUACAAGAACAUGCGCUUCCUCAUUACGCACAACCCCACCAACGCCACCCUCAGCAGCUUCAUCGAGGACCUGAAGAAGUACGGGGCCACCACUGUGGUGCGCGUGUGUGAGGUGACCUACGACAAGGCCCCGCUGGAGAAGGACGGCAUCACGGUUGUGGACUGGCCGUUUGAUGAUGGGGCGCCCCCACCUGGCAAAGUGGUGGAGGACUGGCUGAGCCUGCUGAAGAACAAGUUCUGUGAUGACCCUGGCAGCUGCGUGGCUGUGCAUUGCGUGGCCGGCCUGGGGCGGGCUCCAGUCCUCGUGGCGCUGGCCCUCAUCGAGAGUGGGAUGAAGUACGAGGACGCCAUCCAGUUCAUCCGACACUCUUGGGAGAGGAAGAGUCCCCAGAAGCCAUCCAACCCAGCCCAGCAGUGAAAGGAGCCCCCCAGUGCCACCUGCCCCAACUGCCCCAACCCCUCCAGGACAGCCGACACCCCAGGAUCUUUCAGGACUGCCCUUCUGAAGCCCUGGCCCCUGGGCACUCUGUCCCCCAUUCUCGGCCCCCAUGGAGGUCUCCCAACCUCCUCUCCUUGUGGGGAGGGGGCUCCUGUCCGCCACUGCCCCCGGGAAAGGAGCCCCGGCGGAGCAGGGUUCUGGGGUGGCAGCAGGGACAGUGGGGUGGGUGCAGAGGGCCUGAGCCCACCCCAGCCCCCCCAUCGUGAGUGUGUAUGUGCGUGUGUGUGUGUGAGACACGCGCACAGUCCGUGCCUGGGUGUCUUCUUGUGCUGCUCCCCCGACGACAGUUUCCAGGGCACAGCCUUCUCUCUCUCCCAGAGGCAGGCUUGUUUACCAGUCAGGCGGCCAGGCCUGCCUGUGCCCGCGGGAGCUCCGGCCUCCUCGGGACCCUGGCACAUGUGCACACAGCGGGGGCACGGUUCCUCUCCGUGAGCCUGUGUGCAGCUCUGUGCCUUGGCACCCCCCAGACUGGGGGCUGGGCCCAACCUGGUGAUUCAGAGCAGCGCAGGCUUGCUCCUCCCCGGCCCACGCCUCAUUGACCAGAGCCAGUCCACGGCCAUGUCCAAGGUUAUGGGCGGUGGGGACAGAUGACCUCCGGAAGCACCUGGUGGGCAGUGCUAGGUACCCCCCCACCCAGGCACCUGAGGGCCACCUCCCGCCUCCUCUCCUCUCCCUCCCAGCCAGCUGGCAUGCCAGGCUCCAUCCCCGUGGGCUCUGCUUUCUGGGGGUGGCACCCAGGUAAACACGGGGGCCUUGGAGGGUGGGGACCUUGGGGUUGGGGAGGUGAGGUGGUCAGCCUGGAGGAGCCAUAGCCAGGUGACUUGAAGGUCAGCCGCGGUGGCUGCAGUGACUGUGAUUCUGGCGGUAGGAAUGGCCCGGGCAAAGGCCCAGAGGUGGGAGGGCUCUGUGGGUCACGGGGACCCGCUCCAGCCUCUCUGGCCUCUGGGGCCUGCAGCUCCGGGGCAGGGCGUGUGGCCGAGCCUGGGUCCUGCCUGACCCCCCACCCCGGUCCCGUC